ACCAAUUAUUUUUUUUAGAUAUAUGAAGAAUAAGAGAUGAAUUUGGAGCAGGACCGGUCAUAUGUAUGCAAUGCUCCUGGUUGCUCACAGCGGUUCCCCACCGAGGAUCACUUGAUGAUUCACAGGCAUAAGCACGAAAUGACCUUGAAGUUCCCUUCAAUAAAGAAUGAUAACAUUCUGUCAGAUCAGACACCGACUCCAACUCGGUUCUUAAAAAACUGUGAGGAAGUGGGGUUAUUCAAUGAAAUUGACUUGGAACAGGAGUUCAGAAGUGCACAAGAGGAAGAAAACACAAAAAGGAAUAUCACCCUUCAUGGAGGAAUGACAGGACCAGUGCAGCACCAGCUAUCAAAUUCAAGAAUGCCAAAUCAUGACACCAGCGUUGUAAUUCAACAAGCAAUGCCAUCUCCACAGUCCAGCUCGGUCAUCACCCAAGCACCUUCCACAAAUCGCCAGAUUGGGCCUGUCCCGGGCUCUCUUUCCUCAUUAUUACAUCUGCACAACCGACAAAGACAACCCAUGCCCGCCUCUAUGCCUGGUACUCUGCCCAACCCCACCAUGCAAGGGUCCUCUGCCGUCUUGAUGCCUAUGGAAAGACAGAUGUCAAUGAACUCCAAUAUCAUGGGGAUGCAAGGUCCCAACCUAGGCAAUCCUUGUGCUUCACCUCAAGUCACUCCAAUGCACUCAGAUGCCAAAAUGAGAUUAAAGGCAGCUUUAAGCCAUCAUCCUGGAGCCAUAUCUAAUGGGAAUAUGAACUCAAUGGGACAUAUGAUGGACAUGAUGAACUCCCGACAAGAACAGGCGCCACAUCAUCAUAUGCACUCACACCCACAUCAGCAUCAGAACUUGUCACAGCACCAUCCGUAUUCUCAUCAGCAACACCAGCACCCUGCACAUCAUCCUCACUCCCAGCCCCAUCACCAACAAGGCCAUCCUCACCACCACUCCCACUCACACCUGCACCCACAUCAAUCACACCAUCAGACGUCAACACAUCCUCCCCUGCACAGUGGUGGACAAGCACAGCUCUCACCAGCAGCACAGCAAAUGCAGCCCUCUCAGACAAUACAGCCCCCUCAGCCGACGGGAGGCCGACGCAGGCGGGUGGUGGAUGAGGAUCCAGACGAGAGGCGGCGAAAGUUUCUGGAAAGGAACCGAGCAGCUGCCACACGGUGCAGACAGAAAAGGAAGGUCUGGGUGAUAUCACUGGAAAAGAAAGCAGAGGAACUCACCCAGACAAACAUGCAGCUUCAGAAUGAGGUCUCCAUGUUGAAAAAUGAGGUAGCACAACUAAAACAGCUUUUGCUUACACAUAAAGAUUGUCCAAUAACUGCCAUGCAGAAAGAGUCACAAGGAUACUUGAGUCCCGAAAACAGCCCGCCUGAGAGUCCGGUUCCUGCCUGUUCCCAGCAGCAAGUCAUUCAGCAUAACACCAUCACAACUUCCUCUUCCAUCAGUGAUAUGGUUGGAAGCUCCUCUCUCAACCCUCUUGCCAACCACAGAACAGACCUAAACACGAUUCUCUGAAACAAUGGGUUCAAAAACUGCCUUCGGGAGUUUGGUAUUAAAUCAGAUCUUCCAUUUUUACAAACAUUUUCUCAACUUUAUUUCAAUCCUGGAAGUCUCUUCAGUCAUUGAAAGACCUUGCCUUUCUUUUUUUAUAGUAUUCCUUCAAACUGUGUCUUCUUUUUUUCCUUAUAAGAAAAGGGAUUUAUG